AUGCCCUUCCAUUCGCACCACCACCCCAGCAGCUCUGGCCAGGGCGCAGCGCAGGGCAUCUUCGCGGCCACGCAGGCCUUGGGCUCCGUCGCCGCUCCGCACAGCAAUCUCCGCAUCGCGACGACGGGCACGACAGGCGCCGACUCGGACGCGCUCCUGCCCGGCAGCGGCAACGACCCGAGAUUCAGCGCGCUGCAGUCCGCCCCGCCGUCGUCGGCGGCGGCGUCGGGCCUGCCAGCUCCAGGCUCGCGGUCAGCAAGCGCUGCAACUGGCCCGCAGUUCGAGGUAGCGCGGCGGCCGGUCGCUGCCCAGAGAGAGCCCGAGGACUUGCACAUUCCGCCGGCGGGCCAGCAGAGCGCGUCGCACUCGCAGCUCUUCAACUCGCCCGUUGCCUCGACGCCCGGCGGCGGCGCACAGAACCUUAACAUCAGCCUCCACCACGCGACGCCGCCCCAGAACCAGCAACAGCAGGACGCGCAAUUCGCUAAUUCCGGCAGCAGCGUUCCUGACCUGCCCGCUCCUCUACAGCCUGGCCCGGCCGCGGGUGCUCGCCCUGCGCCCUCCGCCUCCUACACGGCGCCCACCACCGUCCCGAAGAUCAACACCAACGCCCAGCAGUACACCCUGCCCACCCGCUCCAGCACCAUGCAGUCCUCAUCCUCCGCUCAUUCCUACUCGCGCUCGAGCCCAGCCGGCCUGGACCAGAAGUACAUUCCCUUCAACUCGACCGUCCCGACGCCCGACGUGCCCAAACACGCGCCCACCCCGAGCCAAAGACACUAUCAGGCACAGACGCCCUCGGGCGCCGCCUCUAAUUCUCCGCUCGCCCUGUCAGACAUACGCCCGCGCGCGAAUUCGACAAUUGGCGAGGACAUGCCGUCGAGCACCCCGCUGCUGAACGACUUGGAAAAUCGCGCGGCUGGGAACUGCAACUACUUGGCGCCAUGGCCGGUAUACGCCUUCGACUGGUGCAAGUGGCCUGUUCAUGGCGGGAACAGCGCGGGCAAGAUGGCUGUCGGCAGCUACUUGGAAGAUCCGCAUAAUUUUAUUCAAAUCGUCGACUCGCACAUCGCUCCUCAGGAGGUCACCACGCCAGGUUCUCCGGCCUUCGGCGUCGAAUACACUCGUGUCGCUGAAGCGACCUGCUCUUAUCCUGUGACGCGGAUAUUAUGGGAGCCUCCGUCUUCCCAGAAGCAAUCCACCGACCUGCUCGCCACGUCCGGUGACCACCUGAGACUUUGGUCGCUGCCACAAACCACGGCGUCCAACGUCAGCAACACCAUAAACCGCUCAUCGCCGGUCAAUACCCGCGAUCCCCCGGCGCAGAAGCUCACUCCGUUGGCUCUCCUCUCGAACUCGAAAUCACCCGAACACACGGCCCCGCUGACGUCGCUCGACUGGAACACGCUCUCGCCAAAGCUUAUAAUCACGUCAAGCAUCGACACCACGUGUACGAUCUGGGACAUCCCGACCUUGACGGCCAAAACGCAGCUUAUCGCCCAUGACAAGGAGGUGUUCGAUGUUCGUUUCUGCGCAGGGAGCGUCGAUGUGUUUGUCAGCUGCGGUGCGGAUGGUAGCGUAAGAAUGUUCGACCUCCGAAGUCUGGAGCAUUCCACCAUCAUCUACGAACCCACGGAGAAGAAAGAAGAGAAAGGUUCACCGGGCCGCAUGUCCCCCACGAAAGCCCAGCAAAUGAUGUCCUACGCCCCGCCUUUGUUGCGCUUGGCAGCGUCACCACACGAUGCUCAUCUCCUUGCCACCUUUGCCUCUGAUAGCAGCCUCAUCCGGAUAUUAGACGUUCGUCAGCCAGGCCAGGCGCUUCUGGAACUGCGUGGUCAUCAAUCCGCUGUAAACAGCAUCGAAUGGUCCCCUACGCGCCGUGGCAUGCUCGCAUCGGGCGGAGACGACAGCAUGGUGCUCGUCUGGGACCUCAUCCAUUCUCAGAACGGCGCCACCAUCAAUGGCGAGCACGCAGCAUCCAACGGCAACACCAUCAGCUCUUCUGGUCCGCCCUCGGGCCCCAGUGGCGUCAAUAUGAAGGGCCCUGCAGCCAGUUGGCGGUGCGACUACGAGGUAGGCAAUUUGAGUUGGGCGCCCCAGAGCGGACUCACAACGCAGGGUGGCGAGUGGCUGGGCGUGACGGGAGGCAGGGGAGUGUGGGGCAUCAAGCUAUGA